UAGAUUAACCUAGCACUCAUUUUGGUGCUUCUAAACAUUGAACUCUCUAUCGCAUGUGGUAGAGCAGAGUACAGAAUAGUUGAUAAGUGCUGUCCUAUGUGUUCGCCAGGAAACCGGGUACAUAAACACUGUACAGAAUUUACAAGUACUUCCUGUGUCCCCUGUACCGACUCCACUUUCCUUGAUGAACCCAAUGGUCUUACAGCAUGCAAACUGUGUACCAACAACUGUGACCCAGGCUUUGGCUUAACGGUAAAGCAGCCAUGUACACCUUCAUCAGACACUGUCUGUGGGACACUGGAGGGGUUCUACUGUCUAGACCCAACUAAGGAUGGUUGUAGAGCAGCCCAGAGACACAGCAGCUGUAAACCUGGUCAAUACAUCAGCCACACAGGAACAACAUCUACAGAUACUGUGUGUGCUGACUGCACUGGUGAUACUUAUUCAGAUGGAUCAUUAACAUCCUGCCAGCCACACACAGAAUGUGAAUUCUUGGAAAUUGAAGCAGGAACUCCUUGGUCGGAUUCAGAAUGCGGAGUAACCUCACUUCCCACAGCUGGAACCAUAGCUGGUGUUCUGAUAGGUUUCCUGAUAGCCACCAUAGCUGGUGUUAGUUUAUUUAUAGUGAGAACAAGAGAGAACUUAGACCCUCAAAUACUGACACAGACAUCCCCAGAUCAGGAUAUAUCAAUGCUGUCUGAGGGAACUGGAAAAGAUUCAAGCCUCCAUCACAGUCAGGGACAUUCUGUAAGCUGUGGUCCACUGGCUGGCUGGUCCAGCCAUCUACAGUGUAUUUUAACACUACAUGUUAAAUGUGAUAUUGUAGAAUCUGGUUGGUAUAAAAACAGAAUUCUACAGCACAUUAUAUUGUAGUGUAAAGAAAUGAUACCUCCAGUAGGAAGAAUAUGACCUCUGGGUAGAGGAUCACAUUGACAAUGACUAUUAUGUGGCUUAGUGUAUGAAUCAUAUACAUUAGCUUCCACCCACACUGGAACAUGUGUAUCAGCUUCUGCCUACAGCCUGUUCUAAAAUGAAAAGGACCAUGUGAUGAGGAUUAGGAACCAGCAUCGGUAGGUGAGAACCCUCUGCUCUGCCCAGGGGAAAGUCAAAUGUGUUCAUAACUUCAGGACCACAACGUCUGUCAGCCCAGACUAUGGAACUCCAAAUGGGACUUGAUAAUAUCUUGAGACAGAGAUUACUGGAUACUGGUGCAGGAUGCAGUGUUCACUUGGGGAAGAUGCCCCAGAAAUGACAAACAUCGUCAAAAUGAUGGGAAGGAAAUUCAAAUGGAUAACUUUACACUACAAGGACAUCAUCAUCACGCUCAUAGAAGCAGACAAAGACAUCAACAUCACGCCCAUAGAAGCAGACAAGGACAUCAACAUCACGCUCAUAGAAGCAGACAAGGACAUCAACAUCACGCUCAUAGAAGCAGACAAGGACAUCAACAUCACGCUCAUAGAAGCAGACAAGGACAUCAACAACACGCUCAUAGAAGCAGACAAAGACAUCAACAUCACGCUCAUAGAAGCCGACAAGGACAUCAACAUCACGCUCAUAGAA